AUGUUCAGUCGACCCCCGUCCUCCGACGGCGACCGCCCUUCAGCCAGUAGAUCCCCCACCCACGAUCCCCGCUCCCCCCGCAAUCCCAGACGAGUAAUCUACACCUUCUCUCCGCUCGCCCUGCCAUUGGCGUCAAACAUUGAGCGCCUGGAAUCGGCUCCUCUUGUUAGUCAAGCCCAGAUUGACGCAUUAUAUGAAGCAUGCCAUAGGCUCAUACUCACCGUCAGCAGUAGGUACUCCCCCUCCGAAAUCUCUUCUAGCCGCCAGUCCUUCACCGUCGCCCGCAACGCCAUCCGCUCCACCCCACCAGACGGAACAGCGAGCAUCAUCUCCUGGCUCGACCACUCCUCCACCUCACCUGACCACUCCCUCCCGUUUAUCUCACCGACUAUCAUCUCUCGCUCUUCCGGCAGUAUCUCCGUUCACAGCACGGACAAUGACGAGGAGAGUAUCUACAACGCGAGCGUCAUCAGUGAGUCUGAGAUGGAGAGGAUGGAGGAGGAGGAGAGGAUCAUCAGUGAGAGGGAUUGGGAGAUGCUGCAGGAGAUUCCGGUGCCGAUUGCACAUGCGCAGGUGAUUUGGAUGAUGCGCUUGGACGAGUAUGAUGAUGAGAUGGUGCUGCAGGGGAUGAGGGGGGUGAGUUAUCGCUUUGCGAGAAGGGAUACAUAG